GCCUUCUAGACAUCAGCAAAGAUAGAUAUCACCGGCUAUAUAAAUGAUCAUAGGAAAAACGUGUGAAUCACAAACUAGAGGCACAUGCAUGGAUCCUACCAGUACCAUAUUCAGUUUUCUUUCGCUUCUUUUAUUUGGUUCUGCUACCAAUUUCAAUCGUGAUUUACCUUCGGAAAGUUGUCGUUUUCCAGCGAUUUUUAAUUUCGGUGCCUCUAAUUCCGAUACCGGUGGCUACGCUGCCGCCUUCAUUCAACUUAAGUCACCUAAUGGAGACACCUUUUUCGGAAUGCCGGCCGGGAGAUUUUGUGAUGGACGACUCAUCGUUGAUUUCACUGCUGAGAGUUUGGAUUUGUCAUUCCUAAGCUCUUACCUGAAUUCACUAGCAAUCAAUUUCUCACAUGGCGUGAAUUUUGCGACGGCGUCUUCCACCAUAAGAUUACCGAUGGCUGAUGUUGUCCCCUAUGGCCACGCCAGUCCAUUCUACCUACCUUUACAAUAUUUACAAUUUGCCCAGUUCAAAAAUAGAUCCCAAAUUAUUAGAAGACAUGGAGGAAUAUAUGCAAGUCUAAUGCCAAGGGAGGAAACUUUUUCCAAGGCAUUAUACACUUUUGACAUCGGCCAAAAUGAUCUCACGCAAAGUCUCUUCCUUAACAUGACCAUAGUGCAAGUUAUCGCUGCCAUCCCUGAUAUAGUCAACCACUUCUCAGACAUUAUCAAGAAUCUAUACAAUUUAGGAGCAAGAUCAUUUUGGGUUUACAACACGAGGCCACUCGGCUGCUUUCCAAAAAUUCUAACAAGUUUUCCAUUAGCUGAAAAGGACUCUGUCGGUUGUGCCAAGCCAUAUAAUCUAUUAGCUCAACGUUUCAAUGUCGAGUUGAAGAAUGCAUUGGCUCGACUUAGGAUUGAGUUUCCUUUGGCUACAAUUGUUUAUGUAGACCUUUACGCCGCUCUAUACUCUUUAUACACUCAUCCGACUAAAAAUGGAUUUGAACAUCCUCUUGUUGCUUGUUGUGGUUAUGGAGGUAAGUACAACUAUAGCGAAGAGGCAAUAUGUGGAGGAAAAAUUAGUGUUAAUGGCAAAAACAUUACGGUGGGAUCAUGUAAAGAUCCAUCAGUUCGAGUGAGUUGGGAUGGAGUUCAUUUCACUGAGGCUGCAAAUAAGUUUGCUUUUGAUCUUGUUUCGUCUGGAGAUUUCUCAGAUCCACCUAUUCCUUUGAAACUGGCAUGCCACCCUAGUUCGAGAACCAAAGAAACCGGAGUUAGAUCGGGGAAAAGCCAAAUUAGUCAAAUAAUCAUCCGAUUUUGAUUUUCCAUCGUCCGAGACGCGUUACGAGCUCGGGGAUCAUCAGCAUAGUCUAUCACACUAUCGACUUCUUUUGGUAUUUUGUUAAAAUUUUGAACUCGACCUUAUGGCAUGUAUAGGUUUGAAUAUGAUUUUGGUUAGAUUUGGAUUGUAAAAUAUAAAUAGCCAUGAGAAAAUGGUUUAAUUUCCAUGUUUGUGAUCA